UUCAGACUCGUAAGGACCCCGAUGGCCCCCAACCAGAGGGACUGCGCUACCCAGACGACCAGCCCCGUUUUCAAGCUCCCCUAGCGAAGGCAGGACCCCGAGAGCCUGCUCCUGGAAUACCGCAUUGUUUUAUAAUUUCCAACAACAGAGAGAAAGGUGAUGAUGCUGAUGAUGCGCCCGCGAUGGUGGAUUUCCCUUUUGUGCGUCUGUGGAUUGAUGCACGUCGGUCACCAGAGCAGCCCUAAUGCCCAAAAUGGAGACGCCUUGUCGAGCUUGAAGGCUCUUCGUGAUGCAGGCAGGUUUGUCGGGAAGGAGGACACGGUGCCUCUCCGCCUGCUCUACAGCAGGCUCAACCACAGCCAGAUCACAGAGGAUGAGCUCAGCACCAGGGUGAAAGCCAGCUCCGGCUCCACACAGGUGAACCAUGUUGCCCAAGCAAGCUUUCAAGUUGACGCCUUUGGCAUGAAAUUCAUUUUGGAUGUGGAACUGAACCAUGAUCUGCUGUCUUCAGGCUACGUGGAGAGACAUUUGUCAGAAAAAGGGAAGAGCGUCAUCACCAAUGGAGGCGAGCACUGCUACUACCAGGGGAAGGUCAGAGACAUCCCUCACUCCUUUGUGGCCGUCUCCACCUGUCACGGAUUGCAUGGGAUGUUUUUUGAUGGCAAUCACACCUACAUGAUUGAACCUGGAGGACAACAGGGCAGCAGCAAUGGAGAUGUCCGCAUUCACAUGAUAUAUAAAUCUGCAGGACACGAGGGACUCAGUGGUCUCUUUGACGGUGAUGUUCCAGAGCCGCCUUUUCCAAGCCCUCCAUUCCCCGGUUCAAAAGUUGUUCACAGGAGAAAAAAGAGACAGGCUCCACAUGUGUCUCACAGUGUAGAGGAUGAGACCAAAUAUAUUGAGCUGAUGGUGAUUAAUGACCAUCUAAUGUACAAGAAGCAUCGGCUUUCCGUCGGACAUACGAAUAACUAUGCUAAGUCAGUGGUCAAUAUGGCUGACAUGAUUUUCAAGGAACAGCUCAAUACCCGGAUUGUGCUGGUUGCCAUGGAAACGUGGUCGGCUGACAACAAGUUCAACAUCGACUACGACCCCAUGGUGACGUUGAAGGAGUUCAUGAAGUAUCGAAAAGACUUCAUCAAGGAGAAAUGUGACUCUGUGCACCUCUUCUCAGGGAAUCGUUUCCAUAGCAGCUGGGGAGGAGCCUCGUAUAUGGGCGGAGUUUGCUCUCUGACUAAAGGAGGCGGAGUCAAUGAGUACGGGAAAACAGAUGAGAUGGCCAUAACGCUCGCUCAGUCUCUUGGACAGAACAUUGGCAUCUUCUCUGACAAGAAGAGGAUCCUCAAUGGCGAGUGCAAGUGUGACGAUCGCUGGUCGGGCUGUAUCAUGGAUGAUGUUGGUUUCUACCUGCCCAAGAGGUUCUCAGACUGCAACGUGGAGGAGUUCCAUAACUUUCUGAACAGCGGUGGAGGAGCCUGUCUGUUCAACAAACCUAUGAAGCUGUUGGAUCCUCCGGUGUGUGGAAAUGGCAUCGUGGAGCCAGGAGAGGAGUGUGACUGUGGCGGUCCAGCGGAGUGUGCCAAAGAGGGCGAGGCCUGCUGUGACAAGUGCACCCUGACUCAAGGCUCCAAGUGUAGCAAUGGACUCUGCUGCAGCAAGUGUCAGAUGGAGUUCAUGGGUGUUGUGUGCAGAGAUGCAGUGAACGACUGUGACAUCCCAGAAAACUGCACAGGAAACUCCAGCCAGUGUCCACCAAAUGUGCACAAGAUGGAUGGCUACACAUGUGAAAAGGACCAGGGUCGCUGCUUCAAUGGAAGGUGCAAAACCAAAGACAGGCAGUGCAAGUACAUUUGGGGAGAGAAGGCAACAGCGGCCGACAAGUUCUGCUACGAGAAGUUAAACAUCGAAGGGACAGAGAAAGGCAACUGUGGGAAGGACAAAGACACCUGGAUCCAGUGUAACAAACAGGAUGUUCAUUGUGGGUACCUGCUGUGCUCCAACAUCUCACCCGCCCCACGUCUGGGAGAGCUGCAGGGAGGGCUGACCUCUUUCUCAGUCGCCCGCCACAGUGCCUCUCUUGACUGCAGUGGUGCUCACGUGCUGAUCGACGGAGACACUGACCUGGGAUACGUGGAGGACGGGACGGCCUGUGGGACGGACCGCAUCUGUUUCAAUCACAAAUGUCUCCCCGUCCAACAGUUUAACUUCAGUACCUGUCCUGGGACAUAUGACAAGACCGUCUGCUCUGGACACGGGGUGUGCAGUAGUGAGCUGAAGUGUGUGUGUUACCUGGGCUGGGCAGGAGAGGACUGUAACUCCACGUCUCCUCUCAGUUACCUCGUGGUCGGACCCACUGCUUCAGUUUCAGGUAUCACCAGCACCAACAUCAUCAUCGGGGCCAUCACAAGCUCCAUCCUCUUCCUCGCCCUCAUUCUGGCUGUGACGGCCUGGUGUUACAAGAGCUACAAGCAGAGACGUAAAGAUGAGUCUGAUGUUCACCGAAGAUACUGCCGGCAAAUGCCCCCAGGUGACUAUGUCACAAAGCCUGGGGACGCAGACUCAAUAUACAGCGACAUGCCUCCGGGUGUCAGCACAAACUCCGGCUGCAGCUCCAAGAAGAGGUCAGCCUGCCUGUCGCACCUGCAGAUUUGCACCUUGUCCUUCAGUCCCUCCAUCCCAUCCUUUUUUUCUCAGAACAUCUCACUGUUUGGCUUCAGGUCUAAUGGCCUAUCCCACUCAUGGAGCGAGAGAAUCCCAGAUGCCAAACACAUCGCUGACAUCUGUGAAAACGGGCGACCGAGGAGCAACUCGUGGCAAGGAAAUCUGAGCGGAAAUCGCAAGAAACUGAGAGGAAAGAAGUUCCGCGCUCGCUCCAACUCCACAGAGACGCUAUCCCCUGCAAAGUCUCCCACUUCCUCUACAGGAUCUAUUGCAUCCAGCAGGAGAUACCCGUACCCCAUGCCCCCCCUCCCCGAUGACCAGAGGAAAGCCAACAGGCAGAGUGCCAGGCUGUGGGAGACUUCAAUAUAACAGCCUUCUUACCAACUCUGCAAAAGACCUCGAGGAACUACACUUGUCUCUCCUUUUCUAUGAACGAAAAACACAAAAAUGAAACAAAAUUGACUCUAAGCGAUUUAAGAGAAAGAGAGAGAGAGAGCCCCCCACUGGAGUGGAAACAGGCAAAGGUGUGUGUGAGUGAGUGUGAACAAGCAUCUCCGAGGCUGCGUCAUUCAGUGGUUCUCUACAGGAUGAUGCUCAGUGCCGGCGGAGAAAAAACAACUCCACAUUGACUCCAGACCCUCUGGAGCUCAGACUGAGCUGUUCCUGACUGCUCAGGCCUCAUCUGUGGGACUGGAAGCCCCCCUCCACUCCGACUCCCCCGAUACCUCUCCCAAAAUCUCGACACAACCUCUUAACAUCCUCUCUCAUCAUACUCACUUCAACACCCCUCUCCCCUGUUUGGAGCUCCUCUCUUAAGGAGCUAGGAGCAGAUCAUCAUAUCACAUUGCAUCUCUGGAUUUGUUGGAUUAUUUUGACGCACGUGAAUCACUGUAGAAUCUCCGACACUGUAUGCAUGAGACAACCCUGUUUAUCAGCAACCUCCUCCUACCGAUAAGACGAGCAGAACAGCAGUCUGUAUGAGAGGAAAGCAUGCGAGGGGGCAGUGAUUUUAUACCUUCUGUAGGUGUAGACGCUUUCUCUCCACUAUAGGUAACCCAUAUUGUAUCACCAGUUAACGCCCAUAGCCCAUAACAUGAACCCAACCUGAACCCGUCCUGUUCUCCCUCACAUCGGUUUGUUUAUGCGUGUGUAAAUAUGUACAGUAAGAAUACACACAGAGUAUGUUUUUGCUUUUAUUUUGAAAGAGGACGUCUCUUCCUGCUGUAUUGUGUUGUAGACAGAAGCGGAUCUUUGUAGAUAAGAGACCCUGCACUCGUUCUUCUGUCUGUGUUUCUAUUUUUUUUUUCUCUCCCUCUGGCUUUUUUUCUGUGUGACUGUGACCUCUAUAGCUUCCUCCAUCCACAGCAGAAUGUAAAAGUGUUUUUUCAUAUUAUCUUAGCACUGGUUUUCAUCCAAUCUCUGGGAGAAACACACAGACAUCUGGUAAUGGCUGAGGAAGUAUUGAUAAAGAUUUUGGCACAUUGAGAAUGUUGCUGUUGAUGGGUAUUAUUUAGGAUCAUUUAAAUAGUUUUAUGUGCCAUUCCUGAGUGAAAUUAAUGGGAUGUGUUUGGUGUAGUUAUAGACGUGCCACUUUUCACUCAUGGUGGUUUUUUGGAAAUUUCCCAUUGAUUAUGUCAAGAUGUGUUUAAGUUCCCCCUGAUUCUACAUUUUAGAGCGGUGUGCUCCCACUUUAACAAUGGGCAGCACGUGAAGUCGCUCAGAUGAAUGUGAGAAUAAAAGUGCGGUUGAUGACCUGAUUUGGCGAGGAAUCUGGAAACUGUGAUUGAAAUGUGCAUUUUGGAUUUAGCUGUGAUGAUUGAGAUAUUUAGCCUUGUAAAUGAUUAACUAUGCUGUACAGUGCUUGCUGUUUGAGCUUGUGAAGACCAACAGCAUGACAGUUCUAUAAUCAAAUUAAGUUAUUUCUCUGGUAGGCUAUUUGUGAGACCAUAACGGGAAACAAGCAUGUCGCUGAGAGACUUUUUCCCCCUCAUUGCCUAUUUGCUGUCGUCUAAAUGGGUUUGUGUGCCACAGAUUACACUGUUUGUCGGCAAAGUCAGGACAACAAUUCAGGCAGGAGGUCGCAGGGUUUAAAAAUGAUUGGGAACAGAUUUUUUUUUGUGCUAAUGUCGUGCUAGUGUAGAAGCCCUGUGAGGCGAGUGAGAAAUGCAAUUCUGGUGAUCCAUUUUCUAAGUGAUUUCAAUAGUUUUCUGCCUCUUUUGUGUUUGUUGUUGUAAUACUCAUUUCGGCCACAAAAGGCUGAAGUGCACCACUACCCCAUGUUCUAAAUAGGACUAAAAAACAUUCAUGUUUUUCUCCGGAUGAAUUUACAUUUUAACAUUUACAUUACAAGUACAAACAUUGUGUGUAAGCAAGUUGUCAAUCUCUUGGCUAGAAAUGUAUAAGCUGCAACAACAAACAUUUAGAAAAAUGACCAUGAUCAGAACUUUUUUACCACCUGAAAAAUUAUCCUGGCAAAACCUUUUUUCACCUGUUCUUAAGUCAUAAAAACAGGAAAGAAAACAAUUUAGAUCAGACCUAAAAACAGAACACCAGAAAAAAAAAAUUCUCCCUUGCCUCUCAGGACUUUUGUACACCAGUGAAGCUAUUUAAGGUGAUUUUUUUUGGAAACUAAUCCCAGUUCACCCCUCAAAAGCAAGUUCUUUGUACAGUUACAACCCAUUGCUCUACCUUGUGUAGAAAGUGUUGUCUUAAGGCCUCCUGUUUGUCAUUUUACUGUUUAGUUUUUGUUCCGGUGUGGGCACUUGUUCAUUUGUAAUUCAUGUAUGCAUUAGGACUGUAUAGGUAAUACGAUCUUCACAAUAUUGGACUACUAGUAUCUUUUUUAUUAAGUACCUUUGUAAUGUUCACUUUUUUCUCAGCGUUAUGUACAGCAACGAUUCAAACAGUAAUUAAGUGCAUUAUUGUAAUGAUGUGUGAGUUUGAAUGGAGACAGUUUUUUGAAAUACAUUUGUUCCAGGGCCAAUAGAAGUGGUCGCUCUUCUGGCAUGUGCUAAUCUGUAUCAUAACCUUUGGACACACAUGAUGUUGUAAAUGAGAUCUGUAUGGCUCAUGAUUUGCCUUCUACCAGAGCUUUCUUCUUUGCUCUGGUCUUCUUAAAGUAUUGGUCAGUGUUCAGUGGUCCAGUCAUCUUCCUGGGCUUCCCGAGGCUGCAGAGAGCAUCAUCUCAGAGCUUCUGAGUACUAUUUUUAACAUCAUAAUACUGUGCUACAGCGGGACAUUUGUCCUGGUGUCGUGGACAUUGCACUGUACUACAUGCUGAGACUCUCCGCUGAGGAUGGGACCACGCAGGCUGCAGAUUUCUGUCAAUCCCCCAAACAUAUCGGCCUGCAAACACGGCUGACUGACUGACAGACGUAACAGGACGUCUCUGGCGAAACGUCCCCACAGAUGAGCUGUCUGUCUCUGUCUGGCCAGAGACUUGAAUGUAUUCGUGUACCACCCAGUCUCAACCAUGUGGUCCCAUCCUGUCAGACACUUCAGCACUCUGCUGCCAGAAUCUUGAAAACUCCCACAUGUUCUUGUUCAAAUAUAAAUACUGCAGUUGCUGUAUUUUUUUUUAAUCUUUAUUUUUUAAUUUUGCCUGUGUGCUGUACAGACUGAUGAUGCAAAAAUCAAUCCCCAUAUUUUUUUCCUCUUAAUCAUUCAGUAUUGUAAUAUAUUUAAUAUAAAAUAAAACUUUCAUCAACACAACUGUCUAUGCUGA